AUGUUGUCCCUGUCUCAGGUCUUAUCCACACUUUCUUUCCUCACUGCUGCAGCCAGCGCAAGUACUUGUGGCACCCAUUAUCAACACGAUGUUGUCGUAUAUGGAGGAUCCUCGGGUGGCUAUGCCGCUGCCAUUCAAUUGUCCCGUCUAAACCGCAGUGUUGCCCUAAUUGAACCGUACUCACACAUUGGAGGAAUAGCCGUUGACGGAUUCGGCGCGUCUGAUAUCGACUCACAGGCCGAGUACCAAAACUCCCUCGCUGUGGGACCCCUUGCGCUUGAAUUCUAUCGGCGUAUAAGCAUGCGCUACGGCAAUGUCGCGGCGUUUGAUGCUGCUUGGUUCAACCACACCAAGAACAAGACGCUCUGGAGGUUCGAGAGCCAUGUCGCCGAGUCAGUGCUCAAUGACUGGAUCUCCGAGGAGAAGAUUGACGUCUUUCUCGAUACAUAUUUGAAACAAAGUGGUGAAGCGGUCAUCAAAGAGGGAACAAAAGUUAAGUCUCUCAUCACGGAGCAGGGCCAUGUCUUCUCUGGAGAAGUCUUUAUCGAUGCGACUUACGAGGGCGACCUACUUGCUGCGUCGGGCGUCUCAACAACGAUUGGCAGAGAGUCAGCGGCGACGUUCAAUGAAACUAAUGGAGGCGUGCGCGUCAACACCACGUUUUCGCAACUUACUGUCGAUGUUGACCCCUAUGUCACACCAGGAGAUCCGUCUAGUGGUCUCAUCCCUACCGUUCAGCCAGGUGAGCUUGGAGCACCAGGCAGUGGUGAUAAAUCCUUGGCCGCAUACGUAUUCCGAAUGUGUUUGACCAAUGACACUUCCAAUAUGGUCCCUUGGACCAAGCCAGCGAAUUACAACGCAUCCGAGUACAUUCUAUGGUCAAGAUAUGUCGCUGCCGGCGGACAUAUUCUUACUCCCGACCCCGUCGUUCCCGGUUUCAAGACGGACACUAUCGGAAGUACAACUCUGGGCUUGGGGUUCGAUCUUCCAGGAAGAACUCUUGCUUGGCCCGAGGGAAACCAUAGCACUAGAGCUCAGCUCCUCCAAGAACUCACCGAUUGGCAAAAAGGACAAUUGUACUUUUUUGCCAAUGAUCCGUCCAUGCCAAAUUCCACUCGUUCAGUCUGGAGUUCAUGGGGGUACGCAAAAGACGAGUUCAUCGAUAAUGACCAUUUCCCUAGGAAGUUAUACGUUCGGGAUGGUAGGAGAAUGGUCAAGGACGAUUUCAUUAUCACGGCGCGAACAGCUGCGUAUCCCGCUGUUGAAGCUCCAGCCAGUGAUCCAAUCGCAGUUGCCUUUUGGCCCACGGACGUGCAUAUUGCGCGAAGAAUAGUCAAGAACGGGUUCGUCUAUGAUGAAGGUUCAAUUUUCAAACAGGGACCAGCUUGGCAGCCUUUUGGCAUCUCUUACCAAGCAGUUACACCCAUGCGCAACGAAACCACUAAUCUCAUGAGUCCGACCGUCAUGGCUGUUUCGCAUUUGGGCUACGGGGCUGUGCGCAUCGAGAACACCUUUAUGAACCUGGGCCAGGCUGUUGCCUAUGCUGCUUCGGUUGCGCUGGAAAUGAGAGUUGAUGUCCAGGAUGUGCCAUAUUCUGUCCUUGGGGCGAGAUUGUCUGCAGCAAAUGCCGUAUUGGAUGCGACCACCGUAGUCGCGCAGAGACGUCUUCUUUCACGAUCCGAGCCUGAUCAAUUCUCGCCACCGAAUCACUCCAGCAUCUCACCAAGUUUAUUGUCACCGCCGACUGCACGUAGAGAUACAAUCAACUCUCCCAGCCGGAUGAACGCAACCACGCAUAUAACAUCACCCGCAGAAGACGCCACAUCACCAGCAAGACCAGUCAGAGAACAAGUCGGCACAGCCUUUGCGCAACCUGAUCAGAAUGAGCACCGACUACAUAGAGAAGACACAGUCCAUACCUCCCACGACGAUGAUGUUUCGGUCGAAUAUAGUCCUGCUUACCUGGGAAGUUCCAGCGCCGUGGGCUUCAUGAGCGAGGUAUACCAGACCUUCAAGUCUGGUAACGGGGGCAACAGCACAAACGACAAUGCAGAUGUGACCGCGCAUGACCAGAACUAUGCGCCGUGGUUUGGCCGUGCAGGAUCGAUGGAGGAUUCCAACUCGAUCAUGGCAGAUUUUGUGGUGCCGCCGAGAAAGAUAGCCGACGGCCUUAUACACCACUACUGGGAGGGCGCUCACCCUUUACAACCCUUUAUCCACAAAGGCACUUUCAUGAAAAGGUAUAAUGAACUCUGGCAGACCGAUACGGCCGACUCUGGCGAACUGCACGCAUUUGGACGUAGCAAGUCAGUGUACACAGCGCAAGUCUUUCACUGCACGUUAAAUCUGGUGUUUGCUCUCGGUUGCCGCUUCCGUUCCAUGUCGAGCGGCAGACAACGACCAGGCUCUGACAGGACCCAUGAACAAUUUGCCCAUCGGGCCACUCGGCUUCUCAGCCUGGAUUUGAUGGACUACGGAUCCAUCCAGCUUGUCCAGGCCCUUAUCCUGAUGGCUCAAUACCUUCAGACUCUAAAUAUGUCGAGUAAAUGCUGGGUAAUUGUAGGGAUGGCGAUUCGUGUCGCCCAAGGGCUGGCAUUGCAUCUCGAUGUAGCUGGCGAGACACAGGCUCAAAGAGAAGAGAGGAGACGAACCUGGCACUCUUGCGAGCUUUUGGACAGUGUAUUAAGCAUGACCUUUGGACGUCCGCUCAUGCUGGAACUCAAAUCGUCUACGCCGCUGCCCGCAAUGAUAGAUGACGAGCACCUCGCAACCACUCCUGAUGCCGACGAUGGGACACAGCCUUCUUCUACUCCUGCCAGGUGCGCCUUCUUUGUGUCAAUCAUCAAGCUUUCUCACAUUACUGCCGAAAUUCUAAGGUUAUUCUACUUUUCCUCACCAGGAGCCUCGACUCGAGAUCGUCUUACAGAGGACUACCCAUCGCUGCUCAGGCUGGACGCAGCGCUAGAACGUUGGAAAGAAGAGUUGCCAUCGUAUCUACGAUAUGAAAAUGUGCAGCAAGAAUCUCCCAGUGCUGCAGAUGUAUUUACUCGUCAGGCGCAUCUACUGCACCAUCGAUUUCUCUAUGGAAGAGUACUCCUUUUCCGGCGCGUCGUGGUGCGCAUGGCCGCCGCGUCCGUCUUGCAACGUCCUGCCCCGUCUGGAGCGGAAAUACAGCAGGUGGUCACUUUUACCUGCAUUGAUAAAUGUAUAGCAGCCGCACAGGGUCUGCUAGAUUUGAUCCGCUGCAACCUGGGUACAUGGUUUCUCCCACCUACCUGGUAUACCGUCUUUGUUAUUUAUACAACAGGGACGGUCUUUACUGUGGUGUUGCUUACACCGUCAUUGCGCGAGCGCUUGACAGUCGAUCAGAGACAGCAACUUCAACAAUCCUGGAACCAGUGCGUCGAAUGUCUCCGAGAGUACCAAAGACUAGGUGAUUCAUCUGCCUCCAAGUGCCUCUCCAACCUUCAGAGGAUAUACAAUCGGGAAGGCAUCGAGACCCGGGAUGCGCCGCCCAGACCUGGCGGGCAGCCUCGUAACGCACCACCACCACCGAGUCAGGCUGGGCAGCAGGGCUCAUCAGCCCAGAUGACCACGGGCACCAACAACGCUGAGAGUGCACCGACUUUUUGGAUCCCAGAUUUGAACGAGGGACAAAACUUUGAGUGGGAUGUAAAUGAGUGGGCUUUCAAUUGGACAAACGAUUGUAUUGAUUGGCCCGGCGACUUUGCGACACUUUCACGUAAUGAGGCAUGA